GUUCAAUAAAGAUUUUAAUUACUCACUCAAAGCAUCAUCUGAUGCUCCCCUAUGGCGUUCAAUCUCUUGAUUGGUCGCAUUGGCGAAACUUUCUACCAUCCCGAAGUGUGUUCGUUCAAGCGGCGCAGUAGAUCAUCAGCACGGCGUGGUUUUGAAUCGUGAUGAUUAUCACACACAGUAGUUUAUAUCUCAUUGACAAUGUUGGGAUUUAGGCCUUCAUCAAAAUCUUCGGCAUUUUUUUUUCUUGGAGGAAAUGAUGUGGAAUAUCGACCUAAAGGUGAUCGCCCAAAUAACAAAGCGUCUACGCACGCUUAUCAUAGCGAUAUAUCAUUUACCUAUUUACGAACUUCUUCAGAGAAUCAUUCUCGUUCUUGUUUAUUAUUUCUCCAUGAUCACCUCUCAUUAUAUUUUGAGUAUGUGGAAAAAAAAUAUAUACAUCUACAUGUAUAUAGCGCUAGUGUUAUUGCGCAAUGUUUUGUUAUUUUAUCUUGCCUUGUGCUGUAUUGCAAUGAAGAAUAG